AUGUUAAGCAGGAGGACGUCGGUGGUUUCCAUUCCCACUGCUGAUGACAAAGCCGGGCUUUCGUCAUCCUUGAAGGUGUUGGAGUCCAUAUUGUCAACCCAGGGCCGAGCGAUCUCGCAUCUAGCCUCCCAAUUCCAAGUCUCACAGUGGUCAAGAGACCAAUAUCUGAGAUCCAUAAGCGUUUUGAACGAUUCGCUGAAUUCAGGUGGGAAAAUCAUAGUGUGUGGAAUGGGCAAGUCGUACAAGAUAGCUGCGAAAUCGGUGGCGACAUUGAACUCGUUGUGCGUUCACUCAGCAUUGCUUCACCCUUCUGAAGCUUUGCACGGUGAUCUAGGAAUAGUGAGAGAAGAUCAUGGUGACUGUAUGAUUCUUAUAUCUGCCAGUGGAAACAGCCCAGAGAUGCUCACCAUGAUGCAGCAUGUUCCGGACGCGAUCCCGGUGAUCGUCCUCACAUGUGCCAAAAAGUCGCCACUAUCCGAGCAUCCGCAAGUGCAGGCAUUAUUGUACGCGGAAUUGCCUAAGCGGAUGUCGGAGCAAAAUUUAUAUGGACUGGCUGCGCCUACCAUAUCGACAACUUUGUGUCUCUCUUUGAUGGACAGUGUUUCAAUAGCACUUGCAGAGCUACAGGUCAAAGAUCUGGCCAUGAGAAAGAGACUUUUUGGAGUAAGACACCCAGGUGGUGCUAUUGGCAGGGAUUACCUUCUCAGUAAUCAAUGCGACUCCAACGAUGUCUCAUCUACUGUUUCUUCCAAUAGCCUUAGUGCUGGAGGCAACUCGGAGUUUUACGUCGUUGACUCAGAUACUUCCAGCGAGGUAUUGACGGAUGCUCCUGAGGCUGAAACAGAGACUGUCGAACAACUUCUGGACCUGGAUUUGGUGGCUAAGUUGAAAGAUCCAACGGUAUCUAAGAUUCAUGUCGGCGAGAUCCCCACGGACGAGCUGGAGUUGAUGCGCAUAGUGGUUCUUCACGACGUGAUGAUAGUGGGCAAGAAGCUUGCCAUUGAGACCAAUGAGAUUCGGGACAUUUUCCGUUCUGCUUCGGAUGACGAUAAAAAGAUGCAGGAGUAUGUUUCUAGGAUUGAGCAGAGUCUGAGAAACUGUUAUAUAUGA